GAUCAGCGUGUCAAUCAUCCGGAGCCACACCAAACGACUCUGCUUGUGAGUGUACAAUCCAUAAGCUGGUUUUUGAAUCGGUGAGAAUUGACAAAUGCUGGAUAUGCCAUUCACCUUUGACAUCUAUCAGAUGGCACGGUGUAAGAUGCAAACAAUGCUGUGGUGUGUGGCAUAAAAUCUGCCUCCAGAAAUCCUCAGAAGACUGGGAUAUAUCAGAUGAUGAUGUCUCAUCUGAUGACGAGUACAUCCCAGAGUCUGUAUCAGAUCCAGAAAGCUCAGGGACAGAGUUGAGUGUUGAGUUGCCUACACCACCCAAAAAGUCCCAUACCACUAAUAUGCCAGAUUUAGGCAUUACUGUUGCUGAACAAGAACAGACCAUAGAUAUACAUGACAACAGUAAGAAUAUCCUGAUGGAUCUAGAAACUACUGGUGAUCUCCAAAGUGACCCAGAACCAGAAAGCUCAGAGUCAUACCAGCAGAAAACAAAAGUUGCGAGUAACGAAAAGGGUACUGUGCAUAUUCUUGGCCAAAGUAAAUCCCCAACCAAAUCAGCAAAAUUCCUUAAAAGCCAAGUCAAUUAUUGUUUUGUAUGUGGAAAACCUCAAACAAAAUUUGCACGUCAUCUCGAGAGGCAUGUAAAUGAAAAUGCUGAAAUUGCUCUGGCACUCCAGUUCCCCAAAUCAUCAAAGGACAGAAAGGUUCUUCUUGAGAAAUUCCGAAACCUUGGCAACUUCAAGCACAACUCAGUUGUUAAAACCACAGGAUCAGGCUGUCUUAAAGUGAAAAGGAGUUCCAAACAGAGCAGCAUCCCUGAGACGUAUGAUUACUGCUUGUACUGUAAGGGUAUGUUAUCCAGAAAAGAACUUUCUCGACAUAUGAAAAGAUGUGCUCUAAGACCAGAGAAUAAUGUUGAAGAGGGACCUGAGUUGAGAGACAGAGUCUUUGGUAUAGCAUCUGCUCAAUCCACAAUGUCCCAGCCAAUUUCAAGUGAACUUUGGUCAGUGCUGGGCAAAAUGCACAAGGAUGACGUGUCCACUGCAAUAAGAAAUGACCAUUAUCUCAUGCAGUUUGCCCAGUCCCUCUUUAAUAAGCAUGGGAGUGACAGAUCAAAGCAUGAGUAUAUAAGACAGAAAGUAAGGGAACUUGGGAGAUUACUUGUGACUUUGCGCCACACAACAAGAAUCCAUAACAUGGAAGAGGCAAUAAAACCAGGCAACUUCUUUAUUCUUACUAGUGCUGUCAAGAGAGUUUCGGGUUUUGAUAAUGAAAACAACACGUUCAAAGCCCCAAGUUUGGCCCUGAAAAUUGGGCAUUCUCUCAGAAAGAUAAGUGACCUCAUCAUGUGUCGUGCUCUCAUGGAAGAGGACCAAGAGGUGAUCGAUUCCAUCAGGAGGUUUCAUACACUUCAUGAAACAAAGUGGUCUGAAUUAGUUUCCCAUUCUGCCUUAUCAAACCUGAGUGAGGCAAAAUACAACAAGAGCACCAGGCUUCCACUGGCCAAAGACGUUCAGAAGCUACAGUUAUAUCUUGGUCAGCAAGUGGAAUUGACUAAGGAGAAACUAGCCGAUAACCCAACAGCAGGCACUUAUGCAGCACUAGCAAAGGUGACCCUCUGCCAAGUCAUUUUGUUUAAUAGGAGGAGGGAAGGUGAAGUGGCACGGAUGACUGUAAAAAAUUUUGAAGAUCGUGACAUGUCCCAACUAAACGAUGACAUAAGCACUGGGCUUACAGAAGUUGAGAAGAGACUUUGCAAACAAUUCGCCAGAGUGGAACUGAAGGGGAAAAAAGGACGAAAGGUUGCUGUGAUCCUGACUCCUGAUAUGACUGCUAACCUGUCACUCCUCAUUAGUAAGAGGAAAGAGUGUGGAGUAACUGAAAACAACAAUUACCUCUUCGCUAUUCCUUGUAGUGAUGGUCACUACAGAGGCAGUUUGGUCAAUUUGCAGAUGCUUGUGGAGCCGAAGAUCCUCAAAACCUCAGAUCAACUAACCUUCGCAAACAGAUCGCCACAAUAAGCCAAGUCAUGAACUUGAAAGAUAAUGAACUGGACCAGCUAGCCGAUUUUCUCGGCCAUGACAUUAGGGUGCAUAGGGAGUACUAUCGACUGCCCCAAUCAACAAUUCAGCUGGCUAAGAUCUCAAAGCUGCUUAUGGCUAUGGAGAAGGGAAGUGUGAAGGAUAUUCAGGGAAAAUCUCUGGAUGAAAUUGGUGAUGACACAGACGAUAUUGAUACCGGAUCACAGCAACUCCCUAAUGUUUCCACAUUGCAAGACAAUGAAGAAAUGUUGGCUUCUGUGACUUUAGGAUCGCCUCACUUCUCCGAGACUGCAGCUGAAGAUGACCAGGGGAACGCUGCCUGUGUAUCUUCUAGUUCACCUCAUCUCCCUGACUCCGUUACUCAAGGUUUCCGUGUUUCAUCGAGGCGGUGUGUAAAGAGACCAUGGUCUGAGGAGGAGAUACAAGCCGUAAUGAAACACAUGAGGCCUUUUAUUGAAAACUCUGUCACUGUCACCAAUGAGCAGUGCCUGAAGUGCAAGGAAAAGGAACAACCUAUCUUGGAGACAAGAUCCAUUCAAAAUAUUAGAGAUUUUGUACGCAACAGAGGCUUGGCCUUUAAGAAGCGUUCAAAUGCUAAACAUUAAAUUUUGGACAGCCCGAACCUUUAUCUUUGUAGGCAUGUUUUAAAAGUUGGUGUUCAGAAAUGGUUUAGGUAACUUAAGCUUUAUUUUGCUCACAGGCAGUGUUUUGUUUUAUGUGGUUAGCCUGGGCCUUUUAAUGUCAGGAUUCGCUUUUAUUUUCCUUUAUUAAUUUUUACAAUGCUGUCCUUUGUUAAGGAAUUGAUUCUUGAGGUGACUAAAUCAAAUAUAGUUCAGUGAUUCAACAAA